CCCGCUAGCCCCGCGUUGAUCUGGAAAAAAUACAAACGGAGGUGUGCUGGGUUACCUGAAACAGAUGGGGUAAUUCACAUUGAUCGGUGGUGGAACGCGACAAUGCCUCUGUUGUAGCACUAGUCACGUGUGAUACUCAGGAGGUCAAUCUCCUAUUCAGUUUAUUCUGAACAUUCAGUGACUUCUUCAUUUGAUCAAACCUUGCGAUAAAGCCAAAGUCUUGCUUGAUGCAUUCGCUCAUUGAAACGUCUCUGACUCGGCCCUGGACUACAUGCCCACCCAUUAUGCAUCGGUUGCCAGUAGAAGUUCUACAGGUCGUAUUCUUGCUCGCUGUCAACGACGAACCAGAUUGUCCUCAUAUGAUAGUAAAACCACCGCCAUGUCAGCAAAUUUUGGUAGCCCGCCCCUGCUCUUCACUCGAGUGUGCCGCCAUUGGCGGGACGUUGCACAUUCAACGCCAGAGAUCUGGUCGCGCAUCAAAGUCAUACUUCCCGGAAGACUCGUCAAGCCACUUACACCAUUCUUUCCCUCUCUACUCCAGGUUUGGCUCGCUCAGUCUGGCAAUCUACCUCUCACCAUUUGCAUAUAUUACAUUGGUUUUCUCCCCUCCUCAAGCCAUGGUGUGACAGUGGAUUCUCGACUGCUCGAGAUCCUUUAUGAUGAGACAAGGCGUUGGGAAACAGUGUCUGCCCCCUCAUUCAUAUUCAGGAGUAAUGCAUCCAAUAUGUCCCAGCUGAGAACGCUAGAUCGGCUCUGGAACUUGACAGAUCUCAUCGAAUUCAAUGCACCAAAUCUCUGUCGCGCAUGUAUCGUGUAUUCACUGUCGGAUACCAUCCGAUCAUUCAAACCCAAUGCUGCCUGCAGAAGCAUACGUCAUCUCAGCAUCGAUCAGGCUCUAGCCAGUGGGAUACGCCGCUUUCCAGCCAUAUUCCCCCGUUUAGAAACCCUCGGUGUGCGUAUACUUACAUCCUACGUAUCAGGAAUGAGAAGUCAUUCAGACACGUAUUCUUGCCUUGAAUCAAUGACCCUCCCCUUCGUCGAUCGUCCUGCGGACACGUUUAUCAAUAUAUUUCGUGGACUUCAUCUUCCCGCGUUGCAGAAUUUGACUUUGUUGAUGGGAGCGGGCAAACCAGACGUCGAGAUGAUUACGGAGGCGCUUGCAGUUGCUGGGUCUUGCCAUAUACGAGUGCUAGAUUUUCGGUGGCACGAAUCGCGGAGUGAUAUCGAUCCGCAUACCCUUGAGCCGUUGCUCUCGGUAGUGCAAGAGGUUGCGGUUCAUGGGGAAGUGGUGGUAUGCAGGGAACAGGCCGGUACAUGAAUCCAGGCUCUCGGGAAAAAGGAAAUUGGACCACAAGUUCGUUGUGUUUGUGUUACGCGUCGAGUCUGUGCAGAGGCAUCUCCUGUACCCUGGUUAGUAGCGACCAAGCCCAGCAUGCAAAAAUCGUACUUAGUCUUAGACAGUGUGAUUGAAGCGUCCUAUUAGCUCC